UCAGUAGACUAUGCGCUCGGUCAGCUGAUUCCCGCUACGCACCUCCGCUCCAUCAGUCGUCUCGAUCUAUUGAUAUUCUCUACAAUCGAUAUUCAAGCCAAUGGCCUCAAAUUUAUAAAUAAGACACACAUGUAAGUCCCGCAUUGUAAUUCGGUUCACUCCUUUGAUGGCUUUGAUUGGGACCUUACUUCUUCAAAGAUCAAAGCAACAAGUUGAUAAACAUGUAGAUUUACUCAAGAACCUCCAGUAGGAUAAGUAGACAAGUGUCAAAGGAAAACUCACUGGAAACGUCAAGUUCGUUAAUACCAUGCACGUCUAACUUUCAUGCUGGAUAAUGAACUUUUCUCCAUGGAAGAAAAAGUUGUUAAUUUAGUUCUUAGAGAUAGUUGUUCAGUAGAAGUGGUUUUUGUACAUAAGUGUGCUCUGACUUGUGAUGAGGAUACCUGGAUACCUCCUUUCCUCCCCACGUGUGGUUUGAUCUCCUAGUCAGCGACUGAAUAGAACUGCAACAUCUCUUCAAUGGAAGUUUCCGUUGAUUAUUUACAGGAUCCUGGUCCCGAAUAUAAUACCAGUCUCUUAGAGGAACCUGAGGACCUGGACUCAUUGACGACUUUGUCACUUGUUUCUAUUGGGGUGUUCCUGUGCCUGCUGAUCUUCCUGUCGAUAGCGGGCAACAUCCUGGUGUGCGUGGCGAUCUACACGGACCGCGGCCUGCGACGCAUCGGCAGUCUGUUCCUGGCGUCGCUCGCCAUCGCCGACCUGUUCGUCGCCGCACUCGUCAUGACGUUCGCAGUCGUCAACGACCUGGCCGGCUACUGGAUGUUCGGGCCGCAGUUCUGCGACACGUGGAUCGCGUUCGACGUCAUGUGCAGCACCGCCUCCAUUCUCAACCUCUGCGCCAUCUCCCUAGAUCGCUACAUUCACAUCAAAGAUCCGCUCAGGUACAGCAGGUGGGUGACGCGGCGAGUGGCGUUGGUGUCGAUAGCGUGCGUGUGGCUGCUGGCUGCACUCAUCAGCUUCGUGCCGAUCUCGCUAGGCCUGCACCGGCCACAGGAGCCAUUGGUGUUGCAUUCGGGAGCCACCGCCUAUCCGACCUGCGCCCUCGACCUGACGCCGACCUACGCGGUCGUGUCGUCCUGCAUCAGCUUCUAUGUGCCGUGUGUCGUCAUGGUCGGCAUCUACUGUCGGCUCUACUGCUACGCGCAGAAACACGUGCAGAGCAUCCGUGCCGUGACUCGGCCACUCACGUCGCCGUCGCUCGCCACCACCGCCAGUGUGCACGCCUCCUCGCCCUACCACGUGUCCGACCACAAGGCCGCCAUCACUGUCGGCGUCAUCAUGGGCACCUUCCUGCUCUGCUGGGUGCCCUUCUUCUGUGUCAACAUCAUCGCUGCCUUCUGCAAGACCUGCAUCCCCGACAUGGCCUUCAAGGUGUUGACGUGGCUGGGCUACUCGAACUCGGCGUUCAAUCCGAUCAUAUACUCGAUAUUCAACACCGAGUUCCGGGAGGCGUUCAGGCGCAUCCUGACGGCGCACUACCCGCCGUGCUGCUGCGGGUGCGGGGGCUACAGCUCGGUGUCGCUGGCGUUGCGAGAGGGUCGGAAGCCGCAGGACUGCGCCACUCUCAAGGCCAACUCGCGCCAGCAGAAUGGCCGCUCCAGCGUCACGCCGCGGUCCUCCAUCGGGUCGCUGCGGCAGACGCGCGUCAACUCUAUGGACAAGGUCGUGCUCGAAGAGGAGACAUGUGCGAUCUGACCUAGUACCGAGGAUGAUGAAGCUGGCCAAAGCAUGCCCGACUUUCCCAGGGAGGAGCUCGUCUAGAUGCACAUUGCGUUUCGAUGCUAGUCAAAUAUUGUGCCAAAUUUCUUGAUGUACAACAAUAUGGGGUUGUGGUCAUCAAGCUGUAUAAUACUGCUUCGAAGUCAAACGUUGACCAGCUACCAGUGCUAACUAACCCUUCCGGUGAUUUGAAAGCAGAUAGUAGAGUUCAUGAUAAUUGAGUCGUCAACACAAAUCAUAUCAUUCGUGUGAUAUGUUCUCUCAAACUGAUAUGUUUAAUUUGGUUCGGACAUUCAUCAGUACUGUGUCAUUGUUUAUAUGACAACAUCAAGACUCAUAUCAACCAUGGUUCAUAGUUAUGACUUUGGUUUUAUAUGAGCAUUACUCAAGGCUUAUUAGUUAAUUAUACUGUGAGUGUUGCACUUCGUCGACGCCUUCAAGUACGAUGCAGCCUUCAAUAACAUACAUUUUGUGGGUCACUCCAAUGCUUACUGGUUACCGGCAUGCAGUGCAAAAUAAAUCAUUAGAUAGAUUGUACUUUUCUGUCUCCUACACAGUUUAAUUUGUACUGCACAUCGGUAAUUCGUGAAAACAGGGACCAUCUCAUUUCUGUCUCAUUGUCCACUAGAUGAAUUAUAGAAGUAUCUGAUUCAAAGCCUUCUCUGAUUUAUAAUGAAUUCAAUUUGUAGGUCAUUGGAAAUAAUGAUAGAGGUCGUACAAUAAUCAGUUCAAGACAGUCUACAUCAAGAAAUGAUGGUUCUCAAAUUUUCAUCCAUUAUCAAAUGGGUGCUUCCACCCGUUUUGGUUUGAAUGGUUGAAAUAAUUUUCAAAAUAAUGAGUUCUAAUCAAUAUGCAAUCAACACUUAUUAUUAUUAUUUCAUGGAUCAUAAUAUUAUCAUGAAACCUGAACACAAUGAUUUUUCUCAGAUGAGACAUGUUGAGUUGAUAUAUUAAUUCAUAAUGAAAUGAAAUACAUUUUUCUAUUACAUUUUCAGUAUCAAUCCUGAUUAUAGGAUUGGAUCUUGUGUCCUCCAAAUGUCUCUUCAAUAUUUCGUCUUUUCUCAACUUGUAUUGACUAAUCUAAUUUUCUAUUUGUAUUUGAAUCUGCAAUUUACAUUUAUCAAAUGGGUCAGAUCCAUUAAAACUAGCUAGAUUUGAAAAAAUAUUUAAUAUUUUGAAAAAAGAAUGUAACAUUGAUUCUCUCUCAGGAGAGACACAACAAUCAACAGAAGAGAAGAUGAAAUUUCAUUUAAUGGAGAUCAAUUCUUCACUAGAGACUAUUCCAUCUCAUUCAUAGAGACAAACCUAAUCCUGUCAGAGCUCUCAAUUGGCUCAAAGAAGUGGGAAUUAUCUGAGCUAGCCCGAAAGCGAUUUACGGAAACAUUACGUUCAAGAGUAUUUCCAGCUACCGUACUUCUUCCAGUUAGUAAACAGUUUUCCAACAAUAAAACUUUUCUAGGGUGCUUGCAGUGAGUUUUCCAUUUUCUCUCAGCAGCUGGGCAGCUUACACUACUAGUGCUUUCGAAACUUUCAAACGGUCUCUUGACUCUCAGUGAUAAUGAGGGCUGAAAAGUGGUUUAGCAAUAAGUACAGGAAAGGUUGUAUUAGAGAGUGAGUAUCUGAAAGCAUCAAACUACUUCCAUUGACAGAAUUUUCAUUUCUUAUAAUAGAAAAAUUGAACUGCUACCAUUAUUUAUCUAUUCAUUUAUUUGUCUUGGUGCAAUUAAGCCUGCAAUAUUCCAUUAUAUAUUAUUAUCCAACUCUUGGCCCAAAUUAUCUCAUACAAUUAUUUUCUCCAUAAUUUUAUACUGAGGAUGAUAUUUGAGUGAUUGUUCAAUAUUCAGCUCUUCAACUCCACGCUGAUCAUGUUUUGAAAUUGAAUCAAUUUCAGUAAUUAUCACUAAGUUCACCAUGGCUGAUAUAGGAGUUUUUUGUCACCUAAGAACAGUAGUAAAUGUUGACAGGAAGCCAUCUGGAGCUACAAUCGCAGACAUCAAGAUACACUGAACUCUAAAAACCUAUUUUUACAAUAAAAUGUGAAGAUCGAUAAUAUAAAAAACAAUAUUGAGUGAUUUGAAUGCCGAUGUAAAUAAUGAUUCACCGUAUGUGAAAACCCAUCUCAUGCAAUAUUAGUUGAAGUAAUAUAAUAAUGCGACUGAACUCAAAUGUGGAAAUGUAUCGAUGUUUGAAGCUCUAUAAUUAUUUGGUGUUCGUUGAUCUCAAUCUCUUCUCUAAAUAACUAUUCAUUGUGAUAAAUAGACAAAGAUAGGAAUGUAAAUAAGAAUAACAAUAAGGAUGCAAUGAAGAAUGAUUCUUCACAUUAGAUUCUAAGAGACUUUUAGUCGAUAAAUUGUUAUAAUGUGAUAUUGAAUGCAUUAUUGUAUUAUGUAUAAAAAUGACUCUUUACCUCGACUCCGUCGUAAAUUAUGUUGGAUAUUUUCAAUAAUAUAACUUAUUAAGUUGGUGGUUUAAAUUUUCCAUUACUCUGUGAGUAAUUCACUCAUUGAAUAAAGCAAUGAUACCCUUUUUAUUAAUGUAAUAAAAUAUUGCUUAGUUUUUCAAGAUAA